GCUGCUCUGAAAACUCUGACACAGAUGAAAUUCCUCAGGAACAGAGAGCUGCAAUUCAGGACACCUAUGGUUGUAUCAACUGGAAUGUAAGAUUCCUUCCUCUUGGAGAAACUGCUGAAAGUCAGCAACAGAAGAAGGACAAGCUCAAGAUGAUGUCUCUGCAGAAGGAGGCCAAUCCUGAGGAGAUGAAACAAUUACUGAGGACAACUUUCUACUCACAGCGCAAAGAUAUUAACCAGGGGAAAAGCAUUCAAGAUGUCUUGGAAGCCUGGCCUGUUUUAUUUCAUGACAUUGGGAUGGCUGUACACUACAAGGAACUUACUGGACUUGGAUUGAAGGAAACCUUCAUGAGGAACAUGGAUAUGAAGGGGAAAAGACUGCUGAACUACAUGAACACUGUUUGUGUGAACAAAAACAAAAGGUUUUUCCAGGCUCAGACAAAGUUGAAGAUGUUAAAGGGAGAACUGGACGGUUACUCUGAAGAUGUUAAAGAGCUGAUGCUCCUACUUCUCUGCUACUUCAAUGAAAAUGAAGAAGCAAUGUUCUUCUGUGUGGAGGACACAUGCCUAGCUGAAGAAGUACAGAUGGAGAAUGUCUCCUUGACUCCCACUAUCAUUGUGUGUGGUCAAUCCUGCUUCCAUGCUAAACGAUUCAUGCUGAGUGUGGAUCAACAGAUUGGAAACAACAACAUCUCCUGUUUUAUUUCUGCCCUCUGCAUGAUGUUUGGGAGCUAUUAUUGUUUUAACAUACAUUAUCCAUCGGGGCUGGCGUCUACACUGGAGUUUCUGCAGAGGUGUUUCUUCUCAAUCAACCCAGACAAGGGCAGUAAGGUGGAAGAAACCCGUAAACCCAGACUGCAUGUGAACCCCCGUGUACUCACCUUGAUCCAGGAACUUUCGGAUUAUGAGUGGCGUGAUGUUUGAGAAAGGACUAAAGUCAGUGAGUUAUCAGGACAGUGUUUAAUCUUAACAGAGCUGAAUAGAUUUGUUGCAUCUCACACCGUGUCUGCUGAAGUUAAAAAAGUUGAAAAGACAUAUUUAUAUUUGUUCAGUGGUUAAAUUUUGCUCCAUGUCAGAAAGGACAAAUGAGAAUUUCAUUGAAAAUAUGUUUUCAAUUAAAAUGUUUAUUUGUUUAAAAAAAAUUGAAUUAUCAUUAUAGAUACAGUUUAUAUUGGGCUUCCUUGUGUUUUUAAUUUGCAUUUAACUGGUAAAUGUUUGUUGAAAUUUGAUGUUUAUAGAUAUUUGAAAAUAGAAUUGUUUCUAAAAUAAGAAAAACUUUUGAAGCAAACAAACAUUAUUAUUGAAAUGUAUACUGGAAAUAGAAAUUUAUUGUAUGUUAUAAUCUUCAAGCCCCCCCUCCAAAAAACAGGGUGAAAGUUGGUUCUCAUACUGUUUCUGAUAAAAUUAAAAAGGUUGAAGAAAUUUAUAUCUAUUCAGCAGGUGCAUUUGCUUCAUGAUGUUCAGAAAAGAUGUUCAGAACUUCAUUGAAAAUAAAUAUUUCAAAGGCAUGCAAGUGUAUGUUUAUUUUUUUAAGAUUAUCAUAGAUACAAUUUAUAUUGGGCUUCCUUGUGUUUUAAAGUUUCCUUUAAGUGGGAAAUGUUUGUUGAAAUGUGAUGCUUAUGGAUAUUUAAAAAUAUAAUUAUUAGUAAAAAGAAAAAAAAUUUAAAGCAAAUUUCAGUUUUUCAGAAAGUAAUAAAAAAUGUUUUAAAUUGACAUUUUAACAGUUUUAAUCUGUUAUUCAAAGGUAUUUUAUCAGUAGGACUAACUGAAGUUUUUUGUACAACAAACAAAAACUGGGUAAAUCUUACUGGAAAAUUUUUUUUAAAUAACAGCAUUAUUAUGAUAAUUCAUCAGAAAAAGUUGGUUAAAAUUACUUGAUAAAACUGUUUUAUUAACAAAAUAACCCUGUUCAAAUCACAGUUAAAAUUUGUGCAAAACUGUGGGACAAUCUGUUUAUUUCACAAUUUAAAACUGUAGUAAUUACUGUUUGGUCAGUAAAACAGUUUACAUGUUCACUGUGUUUUUUACUGAAUUAUUCUGGCAACCACAGCUGCCAGUUUUUUAUUGUAAAAACAACGGAA